UCGCGCGGUCGCGCGGAUCCACAGUUCGCAUUCGGAGGUCUUGCGAGCUACGUCUUUUCGAGAAAGAAAAGAAAGAACGGACGGGAGUUUUCAAGUUUCCCUCUCCACGGGACUCGCGACAAAGAUUCUUCGAUCUGAAAAAGUGCCAAGUUUCUCUCACAGUACUCUGUCUCUGUUAUUGAUACACCGAACACAUCCUCACGCACACAUACACAUACACAUACAGCCACGCCACAUCCACGUACACGAAACUAGACACGUACACACACACUCGUAUAUACAUACAUAUAUAUGUAUAUACACGUAAUCGUCUUUCGUUUUCACGGUGAUCUCUACACGUGACACAAGUUGAGCAUCAAAGAGGCUCCAAGGCAAGAGAGAGGCGUGCUGUUUAUUCGACGCGAGAGGAAAUAUUCGUCGCUCCUUCGGUUUUGUUCAUUUUCGACUUUUAUUAAUCUCCUCGUACGCUGAGAAAAUCGACGGGUGUGCUUCCAAUGCAAAUCCACAAGAACGUAUCGUUGGAGUGGCAGUUUUUGUGUUCUCGCAGUUGAAACGUAUAAUCGCGGUUUUCUUUUAAUUAACCACCGGCUUUUGUGCUACACUCACGCUGCUCUACUCUCAAAGGAGGAGAGGAAGCUAGUUGGCCGAAUCGCGAUUCCAGUGUGAUUUUGUGAAAAAUUUAAGGAACAUGUCGACCGCCGUCAUGAGCACCCCUAUGUUCGUCGAGUGUAGCGAGCACUUGUUCAAGAAUGGACCAGCAAAGACGAAGGAGCCAACCUCGACGUCGACGACUAGCAGCAGCUCGAACAGCGGUUCGACUGGGAAUAAUAGCGGACACGCGCCUCUUCGGCGUAGCUAUACUUCCUUGGUAACAACGUUGAUCGAGCAGCAUCGUAAGCUAGAUCGCAGCGCGAGCGAGCCAACGUCUCGUUAUAAAACAGAGUUGUGCAGGCCAUUCGAGGAAAGCGGCACCUGCAAAUAUGGUGACAAGUGUCAAUUCGCUCAUGGGUACAGCGAACUACGGAAUCUCGCCCGGCAUCCGAAAUACAAGACGGAACUAUGCCGCACAUUCCACACGAUCGGUUUCUGCCCGUACGGGCCUCGUUGCCAUUUUAUCCAUAACUUCGAGGAGGCUCGAAUUCACAAUCAAAAAGUGAGCGCGCAACUAGGAUCCGCGCAACCAAACGUAAUGGGCUUGAAUCCUAUACUGAGCGCGGCAGCAGCAGCAGCCGCGGCCGCAGCCGCCGGUGGAAAUACAUCUAAUAACAGCUCGAACGUCAAUCCGACGACGAUCAGCAGCGUUGCUCUCCUCGAACAGAUCGCCGCUUCGUCUCAGGUAGCGACUCCCAAUCUUCUGAGAACCAAUUCGUUGAGCCUAUGUAGCAGCACCACCACCAACGCGUACAAUCCGCCGCCAUUGCUCAGAACGAACUCGUUGAGUCUAACAACUAGCCAACACCACCAUCAUCACCAUCACCAUCAUCAUCACCAUCAGACUGGCUCGACGACGACCGUUAGCUCGGUGAUCGGCGCCACUACCAAACCAAAGCCGACAUUCUCUCUCGGCAGCACUGGUGACUCCAUUUCUCCGUCAUCCAGCCUCAGUCAAUCGCCGACCAAUUCGAUGGCGAGUUUCUUCAGCGACGACUGUAGCCAGCAACCGUCCGUCACCUCGCCGUUCAGUUUCGGUCAGGAUUUCGGACUUCUCGCCACCAGACGAAGUCCCAGCCCUCGGACCAACAGCGUUUGCAGUCCGUUGGGCUCGGACGAACUUACACCGAGGACACCAUCUCCGCUAUCACCGAACGCCGAAUCGAGACUGCCUGUCUUCAACAGGAUCAGCAGCACACUCGCCGACUUUGACAACAUGAAGCUCUAAUUACCAAAUUACAUCUUACUCUGGGUCCUUCGACUCUUUCGGUAUAUUUUAUUUUCUUCACAUUCUUUCUGAAAGAUACGUGUGAUACGAUCAACGGGAAACGUUUCGAACAGCACGGAGAUAAAGAAAAGAAAAGAAAAGAAAAGGUAAAGAGCGUUGGACCCGACAGACAACGUUACACAUACGCGCAUUAAUUUAUAUAUCGACGGAAAAGACAGGAGAAUGUUUAGGGAGAGGGGACGGACUCUUCCACCGAAUUGAACAGUUUUCUUUUCUCUUUUUUUUUUUUUUUUUAUUCUUAGCAGAAGAGCUAUAUUUCUUGCAUCAGAUAGGUCUUCCUCUCCGUCAUACUCGAUUUAUUAUUUAAGCGUUUCUUUCUUGUUCGUUAUGACACGUUAGGCCUUGUUCUCGUUCUUCAAACAAUCAUCUCUUCCUUUUUAUUAUAAUCGUCAUUAUCUUAUUAUUAUUAUUAUUAUUACUAUUAUUAUUAUCAUUAUUUUAUUAUAUAAUUAUUAUUAUAUAUUAUAUUAUAUUAUAUUAUAUUAUAUUAUAUUAUAUUAUAUUAUAUUAUAUUAUAUCGCUAUAAUUAAUAUGAUCAAUAACGUUAUCAGUAAUAUCACUAUCAAUACUGAAUAUCAGUCGUUAGUUCUACCCACAUUAGUAGCGUUAGUCUGUUAGCCUUAGUUUCUGAUUCCGAGCACCAGGACCGUUUUCUUCUUUUUUUUCCCUCCUCUUUAGGUUUACGCUCGUUUAGUGAAAAGGUCGAGAUGGUAUCAGCCCGGAUGUCUCGACCUGCUCGUGAGAAUCCUUGGAUGAUUCAACCGUGGAGAAGGACAAAGAUAGAGAAAAAGAAAGG